AAAAGAAUAAUAAUUAUCUUAUAUUAAAAUAAAUACAGCACACACAAAAUCUCAAGCGAAAUACAAGGAAAAGGGGUAAAAAUCCUCUGCAACUGGCACCUUCUCUCUCUCUGGAUCAGUGUUGUGUGAGACUGAAACCCUAGGCGAGCGAGGAAUCAGUUGAGCGGAGCAUCAGGCGGAACCCUAGCUCUAUCUCACAGGACUCUCAUCGGUGGUGCGGGGGCUGUCGCUGCAAGCGUUGCUUCCAAAGGCUAGUGUCAUCAUGAAGGGUCUCUUCAAGUCCAAGCCCCGGACUCCGGUAGAAGUCGUCCGUCAAACGCGUGAUCUCCUCAUCUAUGCGAACCGCAGUUCCGAUACUCGCGAAAGCAAGCGGGAGGAGAAGAUGUCAGAGUUAAGUAAGCUCAUCCGAGAGUUAAAAUCAAUACUUUAUGGAAAUAGUGAAGCUGAGCCACAAGCAGAAGCUUGUUGUCAAUUAACCCAGGAGUUCUUUAAAGAAAAUACACUGCGACUUUUAAUCACUUGUCUGCCCAAAUUAAACUUGGAGACCCGCAAAGAUGCCACUCAAGUAGUUGCAAAUUUGCAAAGGCAACAAGUCCACUCAAGGUUGAUUGCUUCUGAUUACUUGGAAGCUAAUAUUGAUCUUAUGGAUGUUUUGAUCUCAGGUUAUGACAACACAGACAUGGCUUUACAUUAUGGUGCAAUGCUGAGAGAGUGCAUACGCCAUCAGACUGUUGCCAGGUACGUCCUGGAAUCAGCGCACAUGAAGAAGUUUUUUGAUUAUAUUCAACUUCCAAAUUUUGACAUUGCUGCAGAUGCUGCUGCAACUUUUAAGGAACUAUUGACGAGGCAUAAAUCUACGGUUGCUGAAUUUCUUUCUAAGAACUAUGACUGGUUUUUUGCAGAGUACAACUCAAAGCUAUUGGAAUCUACCAAUUAUAUUACCAGACGACAAGCUGUGAAGCUGUUGGGAGACAUAUUACUUGAUCGUUCAAAUUCUGUUGUGAUGACAAGAUAUGUGAGCUCAAGGGAUAACUUGAGGAUUCUUAUGAAUCUACUCAGAGAGUCAAGCAAGAGUAUUCAGAUUGAAGCUUUUCAUGUUUUCAAGCUGUUUGCUGCUAAUCAAAACAAGCCCCCAGACAUCGUGAGCAUAUUAGUUGCAAAUAAAAGCAAGCUUCUUCGACUGUUUGCUGAUUUCAAAACCGAGAAAGAGGAUGAACAGUUUGAGGCAGACAAAGCUCAAGUUGUGAGAGAAAUUGCUGCCCUGGAACCUAGAGACCGGCCAUGAGUGUGCUUUCUGUUGAAUGUGUAAUCUCAUCUAGAUGUUCUCCCUCCCCGCCCCCCACAACACUUCCAUUUGUGAAUCAUAGCCUGCAACAGAUGCCACUUUCUACAAAUGCUUCUUUUGUGUAUUUUAAAUAUGAAUAUACUUGUAUAAAGAAAAAUAUUAUUAUUAUUAUUAUUUUCAGAAGAAGAUUUCAUGCCAGCAUGAAACCAUGUUGCAGAUUUUUGGGCGAUUAAGCCCACCAUCUAAUCAAUAAGUUGUCUGCAUUCAUGGAUUAA